AUGAGUACGUCGGUUCAAUCAUCUUCCUUGACCACGCCGUCCGAGGUCGUCCUCAACCAGCCGCGAAUCCCCACGUUUUUCCAUGGGGACACCUUUGAGGAUGUAGAGGACUGGCUCGAUCACUUGGAGCAUGUCGCAGAAUACAACGGCUGGACUCCAGUGCACAAGCUACGGCACACCUACUUUGCCCUCGAGGACUAUGCGCGGGCAUGGUUCGAGAACCGUGAGGCGGCCCUUUCGACAUGGGACGAAUUCCGACGGCAGCCAAUCGGCACAUACGCCAGCCUCGAUCGCAAGGAGCGAGCUGAAUCUGCAAUUCAGGCGAGAGUACUGCAGCCGAACGAAAGCAUCACAAUGCUUGUUGAAUAUAUGUGCCGACUUUUCCAGCACACUGAUCCAUCCAUGCCGGAAGAAAAGGAGCUCAGGUACUUGAUGCGUGGUGUCAAGCAAGAGUUAUUCGGUGGCCUCAUAUGCAACCCACCAAAGACCGUUGCAGAGUUUCUCGCGGAAGACAUAUCAAUGGAAAAUGCACUGCAGCAGUGA